AAUAUGAUUGCAGAUAUGAAAAUAAUUAUGUAAUAAAAUAAUGUGUUAUUUUACAUAAUGUUUCAAAUAACGUUAUCUCAAAUAUGAUUACAGGUAUGAAUAUAACUAUGUAAUAAACUAAUGUGUUAUUUUACAUAAUAUUUCAAAUAACGUUAUCUCGAAUGUGAUCACGAAAUGACAUUUUAAAUAAUUUAAUUACAAAUGUAACCUUUGGGGUAAAGUACAUCAGUGCGUCCGAAGAACGCGCCUGAAAAUUGUCUGGCGUCGCGUGCGUUCCGAAAACCCGCUCGUUCUCCCGUUGGCCACCCGUUCACAGCUGUGUCGGCGUCGCGCGCAUCUCAUUCGACUCGUUCCGCGACAGCAGAAACCAAGAUGGCGCUCCUCUGUUUGCGGAUCGUUCUGCGGCGGAUAUAAAUACGUGAGAAAAACAGUGCGAGAAACGGGUUACACGGUGAUUCGAUUAAGUCGCGGCGAUCGAUGUACGCGCGUCGCAUAGUGACAGCCCGUUGGUAACGUGAUCGCGAUAAUUUCGUGGCUCGACAGCGCCGGGUAAACGAAGCCGCCUUCGGUAUUUCGAACGUCGGCGACGAAGGUGCUCUCGGUGCCCACCUGAGGAAUGCCAGAUUAUCCACGGCACGGCGGUUCGUGCGACAGAGGGAUACGGUAAUCGUUCCAAGGCAUCCCGUGGCGCACGGUCGAUCGUAAAGGUGUUUCGUAAGGUGCUCCUCCGCGAAGGUGAUCAGUCGUUUCUUCCGUGACGUAUGUGUGUCGCGGAGGGCUGCGAGACAGGUCGCGAGCGAGUGUCGUCGUCGUCGUCGUCUGGGUGCUCGUGUUUGGUGUGCCGCGAGUGGCGUUUUUCGCGGCUUCGAUGUGCUCUCGUCCUCCCCUGGAUAUCUGGACAGGCGAGAUCAGCUGCUGCUGGAACAACUAGUCCAGCGGCUCCGGGAGACGAUACUCUUCGACAGGAGCGGUGGGGCAAGGAGGCGCCGGAAGCAGCCGCGAGUCCGGAAGCAUAACGAAGAAGAUGGCCUUCAACGAGUUCGUUCGAAUUUAUGCAGCGAGGCAACGAAUGAAAUUUCGAAUCGCUGGGAAAACAAUAAACCGUUUAACGACCGAUCGGUCGGGGAGAAAGGCCAAAAUGUUCGUCGCUAUGGUGCUGCACAAGCACAGCAAGCACAACAAUAGGAAUAACUCGAAUCACCAUUCAAGCAACAACAACUCUAACCGAACGACCAACAAUCUGAACAACAACAACGUCAUCAACAAUAAUGUCAACAAUCUGAAUCAGGCGUUCAACACCAGGGCGAAGGUGGACCCCGAGCUGAUAUUCACGAAACAAGAACGAAUUGGGAAGGGUAGUUUCGGCGAGGUGUUCAAGGGCGUCGACAAUAGGACCCAGCAAGUUGUUGCCAUCAAGAUCAUCGAUCUCGAAGAGGCGGAGGAUGAGAUCGAAGAUAUACAGCAGGAAAUCAUGGUGCUGUCCCAAUGCGACAGCCCAUACGUCACCAAGUAUUAUGGGUCCUAUCUCAAGGGAACGAAACUAUGGAUUAUUAUGGAGUACUUGGGUGGCGGCUCGGCCCUGGACUUGAUGAAGGCCGGUAGCUUCGAGGAAAUGCAUAUCGCGGUGAUAUUGCGCGAGGUGCUCAAAGGGUUGGAUUAUCUUCACAGCGAACGGAAGCUUCAUCGCGAUAUUAAAGCGGCGAACGUUCUGUUGAGCGAAAUGGGCGACGUUAAACUAGCCGACUUCGGCGUGGCUGGACAGUUGACCAACACGACCAGCAAACGGAACACUUUCGUCGGGACGCCGUUCUGGAUGGCACCGGAAGUGAUCAAACAGACCUCCUACGAUUUCAAGGCUGACAUUUGGUCGUUGGGCAUCACCGCGAUCGAAUUGGCCAAGGGAGAACCGCCGAACAGCGAACUGCAUCCCAUGAGGGUCCUGUUCCUCAUACCGAAGAACAAUCCUCCUCAGCUAACCGGAAAUUACACGAAGCAGUUCAAGGAGUUCGUCGAGGCCUGUCUGAACAAGGACCCCGAAAACAGGCCGACGGCGAAAGAACUGUUGAAGUUCCAAUUCAUCAGAAAGGCGAAGAAGAACUCGUACCUGAUCGAUCUCAUAGACCGGUAUAAAAAGUGGAAGUCGCAGCGCAGCGAGGAAUCCGAGACGGAGAGCGAAAAUUCGGAUUCGGAGGAGUCGAAGCAGGAUAGCGACAUGGACGAACCAUGGAUAAUGACCGUGAAGGGUCCCCACGGGGUAAAGGGUUCCGUCGUGCCCAUGCUACCGCUGGACGAUCAGCCGACCUCGUUGACGCUAACGCAUACGCCGAACCACAGAUCCUCCAAUCACAAUCAGCAAACGAAGCCACACGCCAACGGAGCCUCGAGGUCUCCGCCGAAGGAUUCUACAUUGAACCAUUACAGGAGCGAAUCGAGAGACUCGGUGCGCGAUGGCCAAGCUAAGCACACACCGUCCCGACCGCACGAGGCCGCACCGCCUCCACCGGUUGAUACGCGGGAGAAAAGGGAUGAUCGCGAUUACCGCGACUUCAAUCGAGACUCCUCGCUGAGGGAACUGAAGGAGAUCCGUGAUACCAGAGACGGCAGAGACAGGGAGGGCCGAGAAAGGGACAGAGAAGUCCGAGAAAGGGACUUUGGUUCGAAAGAGAAGAGGUGUAGCAAACCGGACGUACCUGUCGUACCUAUGGUGGACCAUAGGCUCGGUGAAGACAAACAAAGACCGAGGAGCUCACAGGAUCAGAAGCAUCCGCGAAGCGCAGCUCUUUCCGACGUCGUUUUACCUCUUCUUUCCGAGCUUCAACGGAAACAUCAAUAUUCGGUGAGAGACAAUAAUGGCGAGGGCGGAAGUGGUAUACGAAAGAACGGAGGCACGAUAGACGAACUACGCGGGGCAUUCGAGACAGCGGAACGUAAUUCGCCAGGAAUGACCGAGGCCCUCAUCAGGGAGCUCCUCAAGUCCUUGCUUCCUGCCAAUCACUCCGAGGGUCGUUUGUCUAUGCUAAUGGAGAAGGUCAUUCUGAGGGAUACGUAGGGACGCGAGAGGGCGAGGGUUCGCAAGAGAUUGUGGUCCGAGAACAUCCUGACGUUGUAACGACUCGUUAUUUCUCGUUUAUCAGGUUUAUUAUUCCGUACGAGCCGGUGCGUUGUCGCUGCAACGACCCGGACGUUUUCUUUCUCUUCCGGUCUGCGGAGACUAAAACACCAACAAACUUUCGUCAGAUUUUCGUUUUAUUUGAAUCAUCCUGUCUCCUUUUCCGAUACGACGCGAAACGUUCGCGCGAUACCUUUAAUUACCACGGCGUCGCAGCGCCCGCGAUUAUAACGAACGAUUGAUUUCACCGUGAAAAAACGACGCCGCCGUCUUUUCGCGACGAGACAGGACGCAAGUUUACAAAUUUAUCUGCUAGAGCAAAAAAAAAAGAUUAUACCAUCCAAUUGUCCUCGCGCGAGGGCGACAGUUACCGUUGAAACUUCUAAAGGAAAAAAAAAUAUUAGUAACCCCUUCCCGCCGAAUCGUUAAAAGUUAGUAUUUGGAAAAAUUACGGAAAACAAAAAAAGAUGAAACGCAAGACAAGUAGGAGAUAGUCGAGAAAUAUUUUUGCAAAUCAUGCAGCCAAUCGUUCAGAAUUCUUUGUACGUUCUUCGUGUUCGGUAUCGACGCAACCUCGAAGAGCGGUGGAAACAUAGUUAAUAGGCUCGGCCCGAUGUCUGAUGAAUAGGGGAAAGAGGAGGGAUGACAGAAUCUUGCCUCGUUGUAGAUACAUCCGGAACAUGCACUACCCCAAAGUCUUUAUCCCAGAGAUAUCAUAGCCGUGUUCUGAAUGAAAGCUGCGCUCUUAACGCGCGAUAAUAGACGAAACAUAUUUAUUUAAACAAUUUCACCGAUGGGAUAAGAAAGACAGAGAUAAGGGAGUUUCAGUCAGCACAGCCGAGCAGGAGAAACAAUAAAGAGCUGUCCUUUGAACGAACGCGCCUUCCCGUUGCUUCCUGCGUUAGUGCACGUUUCGGAUUUUUGGGGAAAAGUCGAAGGAAGGAGAACGUCUCCGCGCUGGAGGCUUUGUAAAUAUGUAUGUAGCACGAUAAGAUAGUCUUAUUGUUCUGAUGAUCGACGUCUCUGCCAGUCGGUUGCGCAGCUCCGUAACACGAUCCCGUUUUCCUACGUUUAGUAGCACUAUUUUUUUCGUGUAACCAUACACAGAGCUAGGGUUAACAAUUGUCUUGGGCCUCUUUCGGAGAAGACACCGAUUCCUUGUACUUUUAGUUUUCCAUUCUACGAAGGAAAAGGCACGAACGCUUUCUCCG